AUGAAUUUUCAAUCACUGGCGACAUCAUCCACGCGUUCUCUUCGAGUGGCCUUUUGCCAAUUCAACGUCCAACUGAAACAAGUGAAACAGAACCAACAAAAAGUUACUGAAAUGCUCAGACAAUACAUUUCAAAAAAGAUGAACAAGCUGAAUAUGGAUCAUUCUCAUCAUGAUGGUCAGUCCGUAUUCCAAUCCUCUUCAUUGGUAUCAUCUUCUUCAUUAUUUGAUAUUUUGAUCUUUCCCGAAAUGAGUUUUACUGGAUAUUUAUUUGAAAACAGAAAAGAUGUAUUUCCGUAUUGUGAGGAGAAGGGAAAGGGAUGUUGUUAUGAAUUUUGUUUGGAAUUGGCUCGGAACUAUCAAUGUGCUGUCGUUUGUGGAUAUCCCGAAAAGGAACGUAUUGUGAAUGAUCUUACGAGUGGUGAUUCAUCUUCUUCUGAUUGUAUGGAUGAUGAUGAUGCAAUUGGAAAUCAUUACAAAUUAUUCAACUCCAUGUAUGUGAUCUCUCCGGAUGGAUCUUUUGUGAAUUAUAGAAAACAUUUUCUGUAUUGUGAAGAUUUGAAAUGGGCAAGUGAAGGAGAGGGAUUUAAAACUAUUGAUUUUUCAUUGUCCGAUAAGAAGGUGAAAGAACGUUUAAAAAACAAUGAGCUCCAUAAUCAAAACUCCAGAAGUGAUAGAGAUCAACAAAAUGUUCGAAUUGGCCUUGGAAUUUGUAUGGAUAUUAAUAAUGGAACGAAUUUCUCCACCAAUUUCACAAACAAAGAAUUUGGUACUUUUCAUAAGGAACAAGGCACAGAAGUACUCUUGUUUAUUGCGAAUUGGUUAGCGUCUUCAGAGGAACCUGAAAAUUGUUUGUCAACUCAAAACUAUUGGUUGAAUCGGAUAAGCCCAAUGCUCUCAGAGAGUAUGCCAAUACCUUACUUUGUGUGCUGUAAUAGAACUGGAAAGGAGAAGGAAACUUUGUUUGCUGGAUCGAGCUGUGUGAUUGGAUUGUCGAAAAAGAGUCCAUUUCUGUUGAAAUCGGCAUCUCAUGACCAAGAGUGUAUUAAGGAGGUGGAGUUGUGGUUGUAA